AUGCUAAGACAGUGCAAACAGCCUAACUUGCAAAGAAACCUUCUAAGGUCCCUUAGAACGACCAUCCCUAAGAGAUCUCUUAUAACGCCAUCGAUCUCAUUAACGAAUGUCAAUGCAAGGACCAGAAGUAACAACAAUAUUUUGUCAUGGAACGCAAAACCUUUGGUUCUUCAUAGAUCAUACGUGGAAAUGAGAAUGAACCCUAAUCAAGGUGGUGAACCUCAAAAACCACCUUUAGAACAAUUCGGUACAAAUUUAACCGCCUUGGCCAGAGCUGGGAAAUUGGAUCCCGUCAUUGGAAGAGAUGAUGAAAUUGCAAGAGCCAUUCAAAUAUUAUCAAGAAGAACAAAGAAUAACCCAGUGUUGAUCGGAAGAGCUGGUGUGGGGAAGACAAGUUUAAUUGACGGGUUAGCUCAAAGAAUAGUCGCAGGUGAAGUACCUGAAUCAUUAAAGGAUAAAGAAUUAAUUACUUUAGAUUUAGGGUCUUUGAUCGCAGGGGCUAAAUAUAGAGGUGAAUUUGAAGAAAGAUUAAAGAGUGUCCUAGAUGACAUCGACAAAGCUCAGGGGAAAGUCAUUAUCUUUAUUGAUGAAGUUCAUAUGUUAUUGGGUCUCGGUAAGACUGAUGGUAGUAUGGAUGCUUCCAAUAUUUUAAAACCAAAAUUGGCCAAAGGUUUGAGGUGUAUAUCAGCUACCACUUUAGAUGAAUUCAAAAUAAUUGAAAAGGAUCCAGCAUUAACAAGAAGAUUUCAACCAAUCUUGUUAAAUGAACCUUCUGUUUCAGAUACUAUUUCCAUAUUGAGAGGUUUAAAGGAAAGAUAUGAAGUUCAUCAUGGGGUAAGAAUUACUGAUACGGCAUUGGUAUCUGCAGCUUCCCUAUCUAAUAGAUACAUUACAGAUAGAUUCUUACCCGAUAAGGCCAUCGACUUGGUUGAUGAAGCUUGUGCGGUAUUACGUUUACAACAUGAAUCAAAACCGGAUGAAAUUCAGAAAUUGGAUCGUGCCAUUAUGAAGAUACAAAUCGAAUUGGAAUCCCUAAAGAAGGAAACAGAUCCUGUUUCCGUCGAAAGAAGAGAAGAUCUAGAAAAGGAAUUGAACUUGAAAAAUGAUGAAUUAAGUAGACUUACAAAGAUUUGGGAAGCUGAGAAGGCUGAAAUUGAAUCAAUAAAAACAGCAAAGGCUGAUUUGGAAAGAGCAAGGAUUGAGUUGGAAAAAUGUCAAAGAGAAGGUGAUUAUACAAAAGCUUCAGAACUGCGUUAUUCAAGAAUACCUGAAUUAGAAAGAAAGGUCAAAUUGAGUGAAAAUAAAUCAGAUCCUGAUAAAGUUAAUUUAUUGCAUGAUUCAGUCACUUCAGAUGACAUUUCUAAAGUUGUUGCUAAGAUGACAGGUAUUCCCACUGAAACAGUCCUAAAAGGUGAUAAAGAUCGUUUAUUAUACAUGGAAGAUUCUUUGAAAGAACGUGUGGUUGGACAAGACGAUGCUAUCACUACCAUUGCUGAUGCUGUGAGAUUACAAAGAGCUGGGUUGACAAGUGAAAAGAGACCAAUUGCCAGUUUUAUGUUCCUUGGUCCAACAGGUACGGGGAAAACAGAAUUGACAAAGGCUUUGGCUGAAUUCUUAUUCGAUGAUGAAUCAAACGUAAUCAGGUUUGAUAUGUCUGAAUUCCAAGAGAAGCAUACAGUGUCUCGUCUAAUUGGGGCACCUCCAGGAUAUGUUCUUAGUGAAUCUGGUGGACAAUUGACAGAGGCUGUGAGACGUAAACCUUACGCUGUUGUUUUGUUUGAUGAAUUCGAAAAAGCACAUCCGGAUGUGAGUAAAUUGUUGCUUCAAGUCCUUGAUGAAGGGCAAUUGACAGAUUCAUUAGGUCAUCACGUUGAUUUCCGUAAUACAAUUAUCGUCAUGACAUCUAAUAUUGGACAAGAUAUUUUAUUAUCUGACACUAAGAUGGGUGAUGACGGUAUUAUUGAUCCAGCAACAAAACAAAGAGUCAUUGAUGCAAUGAAAAAAUCAUACCCACCGGAGUUUAUUAAUCGUAUUGAUGAUAUCUUAGUCUUUAACAGGCUAUCGAAAGUAGUCUUAAGGUCCAUUGUAGAUAUCAGAAUUAAGGAAAUUCAAGAAAGAAUAAAUGACAAGAGAAUGACUUUGAAAUUAUCAGAUGAAGCUAAGGAUUGGUUGACUGAACAUGGUUAUGAUCCAUUAUAUGGUGCAAGACCAUUGAAUAGAUUAAUUCAUAAAGAAAUUUUAAAUUUAAUGGCUACAUAUUUAUUAAAGGGUCAACUAAGGAAUGGUGAGACUGUGGAAGUUGUGGUGGAAAAUUCAAAACUGGUUGUGAAACCAAACCAUGAAGAAGGAGAAGUUAUAGAAGACGAGAAGGAAAAAUAA